GCCGCCCCCCUCGACCGGGUGCAGACCAAGAUGGCGGCGCUCUCCGGUUCCCCCGCCGCUGCCGCUCCGGGCCCCGCCGGUUACCGACCCUUCGAACCGGCCUCGUUGGGCCUAGACCCGGCUUGGAGAUUGACGGGUUACGGCGAAUUACGGGGCUGAGGUUGUAAAGUCCCCCAGGAGACGCUGCUCAGGCUCCUGGCGGGAUUUGGAGGCCAACGACCGGGUGCUGGGGAAGGAGCGGAACCGGAGAGCGGAGGGGCCCCGGCGCUGGGGAUCGGCCUGGACUCGUGCGUCAUCCCGCUGCGCCACGGCGGCCUCUCCCUGGUGCAAACCACCGACUUCUUCUACCCGCUGGUGGAGGAUCCCUACAUGAUGGGCCGCAUCGCCUGCGCCAACGUGCUGAGCGACCUGUACGCCAUGGGCAUCACCGAGUGCGACAACAUGCUGAUGCUGCUCAGCGUCAGCCAGAAGAUGACGGAGGAGGAGCGGGAGAAGGUGAUGCCGCUGAUCGUGAAGGGGUUCCGGGACGCGGCCGAGGACGGGGGGACGUCGGUGACGGGCGGCCAGACGGUGCUGAACCCCUGGGUGAUCGUGGGGGGCGUGGCCACCGUCGUCUGUCAGCCUAACGAGUUCAUUAUGCCUGACAGCGCCGUCCCCGGCGACGUCCUGGUGCUGACCAAGCCCUUGGGGACGCAGGUGGCCGUCAGCGCGCACCAGUGGCUGGACAACCCGGAGCGCUGGAACAAGAUCAAGCUGGUGGUGACGCGCGAGGAGGUGGAGCUGGCGUACCAGGAGGCCAUGUUCAGCAUGGCCACCCUCAACCGCACCGCCGCCGGGUUGAUGCGAGCGUUCGGGGCCCACGCGGCCACCGACGUGACGGGCUUCGGGAUCCUGGGCCACGCGCGGACGCUGGCGGGGCAGCAGCGGCAGGAGGUGGCCUUCGUCAUCCACAACCUCCCCGUCAUCGCCAAGAUGGCCGCCGUCAGCAAAGCCUGCGGCGCGCGCUUCGGAUUGCUCCAGGGGACCGCCCCCGAGACUUCGGGGGGGCUGCUGAUCUGCCUGCCGCGGGAACAAGCGGCCCGAUUCUGCGCGGAGCUGAAAUCCCCCGGCCGGGGCGAGGGGCACCAGGCCUGGAUCAUCGGCAUCGUGGAGAAGGGACCGCGCGGCGCUCGCGUCAUCGACAAACCCCGAUUGAUCGAGGUCACGCCCCGAGGUGCCCCCCCGGAAAGUCCCGGAACCCCCCCGGGGGACCCCGCGAACCUCCGAGCAUUUUAGGGUGGGGGGGGUCUGUACCCCCCCCCCUUCUUCAUCCCCCCCCCCCCCCCCCCCAGCACCCCGACUUUGCCUGGAGCAGCAGGCGAAGACGUCAAAACCCCCCCCCAAAAAAAAAAAACCCCACCGUCCCCUCCCCCAGCGUGACGCCCCUCCCCCAAAACCCACCCUGGGGGGGGGGGAGGGGCCGAGGACCCCCCCCACUUUGGGGAGGGGGAGGGGAAUUUGGGGAGGGGGCCCCCCCCAAAGAAAAAAAACCAAAAAAAAAAAUGGGGGUAAUAAAGAACAAAUUGGUGA